AUGUCAUCUCAAGAGACCUACACAAACAUCACAGAAACCUCUGAGAACGUAAGCAUGCUCAGCUGCUUGGGUGAGACUUCUGGUGCUCUAGUGGAUACAGAGACAAUUUUUGACAUCAAAAUGAUGAAUCCUGAAGUGAGUCUGACACAAAGCAGUGAUGUUACUGACACUGAAGACAGCAGUUUUUCCAGUUCUCAAAGUACUGAUGAAAAUUCUAGUGACAGUUACCAAGGUUAUGAGGGUGAUAUUGAUGUUGACAAUGAUGAUGAUGAUGAUGAUGAUGAUGAUGACUCCAGUCUUCCCAGCCUGGAGGACUCUGACAAUUUUAUCAGCAGUGUGGAAAGGUCAUCCAGCCCUCAAGAGUUGGAUGAAGGUGAGGUGGAAGAGCAGAGUGUGGGAAGGCUUUUUCAUCACUAUGAGCUGGAGGCUGGUGAGGCUGCGGAAAGGCAGGGAGGGAGAAGCCUGUUCCACCAUUAUGAGUUGGAAGAAGGUGAGGUUGUGAAAGCACCGAGAGUACAAAGUAUGCUCCUCCACUAUGAGUUGGAGGAAGGUGAGGUUGUGGAAGCACCGAGAGUACAAAGUAUGUUCCUCCACUAUGAGUUGGAGGGUGGAGAAGUUGUAGAAGCACAGGGAGAGCAAGGUCUUUUCGGCCGUUAUGAGUUGAAGGAAGGUGAGAUUAUGGAAGCACAUGCAGGGCAAAGCCUGGUCCAGUAUUCUGAGUUGGAGGAAGGUGAGGUUGUGGAAGCACAGGGAGUGCACAGCCUGGUUCAGCAUUGUGAGUUGGAAGAAGAUGAGGAAGGUGUGGUUGUGGAUGAUGAGGAAGUGGGCUCUGAGGUACAUGAACAGACCAGUGAGGACAGCAGUGAACAAUAUGACAUUGAAGAUGAUAGUUCAAUAGAUGAAUGGAUAGCCUUAGAGACAUCCCCUCUCCCAAGACCUCGAUGGAAUAUCCUUAGUGCUCUUAGGGAUAGGCAGCUAGGUUCAAGAGGUCGUUUUGUGACUGAAGCCUGUGGUGCAAGAUUAUUUGUGCAGCGUUUAUCCCUACAGUAUGUUUUUGAAGGCCAUGCUGGAUGUGUCAACACUGUUCAUUUUAACCAACAUGGCACCCUGCUGGCUAGUGGCAGUGAUGAUCUAAAAGUGAUUGUGUGGGACUGGCUUCAUCAGCGACCAGUACUGAAUUUUGAGAGUGGUCACAAAAAUAAUGUCUUACAGGCUAAAUUCCUUCCUAACUGUAAUGAUGCUAUUAUGGCUAUGUGUGGCCGUGAUGGGCAGGUACGAGUUGCACAGCUAUCUGCUAUGGCAGGCACCCAUAUGACUAAGCGUUUGGUGAAACAUGGGGGAGCAUCUCAUAAGCUGGGUUUAGACCCAUAUUCCCCUGUUAGGUUCUUAACGUCAGGUGAAGAUGCAGUUGUCUUUAGUAUUGACCUCAGACAAGCCUGUCCAGCUUCAAAGUUGGUGGUAACCAAAGAUGGUGAUAAGAAAGUGGGACUGUAUACAAUCUUUGUGAAUCCUGCCAAUGUCUACCAGUUUGCUGUAGGUGGGCAAGAUCAGUUUGUGAGGAUUUAUGACCAAAGGAAAAUUGAUGAGAAUAUCAACAAUGGAGUUCUCAAAAAAUUCUGCCCUCAUCACCUUCUUAGCUGUGAUUACAGAGCAUACAUCACCUCUCUGAUGUAUAGUUAUGAUGGCACAGAGAUCCUAGCUAGCUACAAUGAUGAAGAUAUUUAUAUCUUCAACUCUAGUGACAGUGAUGGAGCUCAAUAUGCUAAGAGAUAUAAAGGACACAGAAAUAAUGCCACAGUAAAAGGUGUAAAUUUCUAUGGCCCAAGAAGUGAAUUUGUGAUGAGUGGUAGUGAUUGUGGGCACAUCUUCAUCUGGGAAAAAUCAUCCUGCCAGAUCGUUCAGUUCUUAGAGGCAGAUGAAGGAGGAACAAUAAACUGUAUUGAUCCCCAUCCUUACCUACCUGUGUUGGCAUCCAGUGGGCUAGACCAUGAAGUCAAGAUCUGGUCACCCAUAGCUGAAACUUCCAAGAAUCUUGCUGGCUUAAGGAAAGUGAUUAAAAUUAAUAAGCUGAAACGUGAUAAUUUUCCCUUACACCACACUUCCUUGUUUGACAACCACAUGCUUUGGUACCUCAUGAGUCAUCUGACACCUUCAAAUCACCAACACAAUUGGAGUGGUAUCAGAAUUAAUGUUGGAGGCAGAAAUUUCAGUUACUCUUCCAGCAGCUCUAAUGAGGAAGAAAACUAA